GCUCAGCCGAAAUCUGGAAUUGCAACCACCAUCCAAUGUAGUUGCAAGUAUAUUUUUAUUCAUCCGCAGCAUAAGGUUUUCAUGUUUUUGUGUCGACCUUGACUUUUUUGGGACCUCCGGGCAUCUAACGUGAGUGAAUAACGAAGCUUCAGCAUGAUCAUUAUUCGUCGGUAGGCCUUGAUUGUAGUCAAGUUCUCGGUCGUGGGAAGUUUAGCUGUACUCAAAUUCUUGCAUUCUGAAAGUUUCUUAUCGGAUGGCAAAUCAACUGGAAGCAAAUUCAAAUAUUAUUCGUGGGAUCGAUGAAAUGUACUGGACCAAAGCGACUCGAAAAGAUCCAAGAGGAUCCAGAAGAAGUGCCAACUUUAUUCUGAGAAAAUCAUAUGGGAAAAGCGUGAAAUGGAUCCACAUGAUGAAUCGAUUGGAUCGAUAGGCUAUCAAUAACCUCCAAUGUAUGAAAAAAACUCGCAGGACCCAAAAAAUGGUGGAGAUAAUUCGCUGUAUGCUAUGUCGCAAGCGUGUAUGGUACCUGUUGAUGUGUCCUCAAACCAUGUGAAAGUAAAGCGAGACACUUAGUAGGUUGGUUCGCAGGUGGGAAGAUCAAAAUCUGAUUCAGCUCAUAUGGGUGCGGUUUUUCAGUGAAUGUGCUCAAUGAUUGCGGGUCAGUGCCGGUAGUGCUCCUCUCUUGUGCCCCUCGUUUUUUUUUGUAAGGUCCGUGUAGUGAGGUGGACGAAGACGAACGGUGAAUACACUUAAUAUUCUCGAAGCGGUAGAAGUAGAUUGCUUGCCCUUGCUCUUCUGAUUUGCCCGCGGUAAACAAAAGCGACAACCAUGGCGUCCAGGGGUACCAAGCGCGACAUCCGAGAAGUGGAAGGGGUGGUGGAGCAAUGUGUUUCGCCGGUCUUCAAGCGGAUGCGACGAGCUGCAUCACAGUCGAUGGAGGUGGAUUCCUUCGCACGGGCGCUGCCGACCAAGUACAGCCAAGACUACGCCACGGUCCAGGUUCCGCUGUUCGGAUCCGAGGCACAUCGCAGCAUGAUGUUUCAUCAAGCCGGCCCUGAUUUUGACGUGUUUGCGAACCGAAACGACCCGCCCUCCUUUGCAAUGGCCUCGCCUGCCUCCGACUCCGGCGUGACACCCUCCGGCAAUCCCACAGCAGCGGGGGCUCCCAUCCGAGGAGGGAAUCAUAAUUACUUGAACCCUGGCGGAAGUGGAACUACAGGUACAGCGCACGCCAAUGGGACGAGAACAAAUUCCACCAGCGCAAUGGCGUCAGAAGGAGGCGGUCCCGCCCAUACCAGUUGUACUAGCGACUUUACUCCGUCUGUCGGGAGCGACAACCCUAUACACGGUAGUCAGCAUGGAAGCGUCGGCUCAUUUUACCCAGCGACCGUCGCACAAGAACCUCCCCGCGUGUACACCAAUGGCAAUGCAGUUAGUGGUGCACCCGUGCUCCAACUCCCUGCCCAAGAAUCCCCCAUAGUACACAUGGACACGACGAGCUCGAGCGGCCCGCCCAAAAGUCGACCCAUCGACAUCGAGCAGCGGGAGCGCCUCCGGGCACAGUACUUAGCCGAAUUGCAAAAGUACCGCACCCAAAUGGCGACCCGUGCGAAUGGACUGCAGGUCUUGCGUUGCUAGUUUAUUCGAAUAUGCGAAUCGCUGCUUCUAUGUUGAAUAACGUAGCGGCGGCACUGUGACUGGAACGGACUGCAAGGCCGUCAGUACAAGAGGAAUAGCGACAAAUCCCCUUGAGGUCUCGUAAUGUUACGUGAAGAAAAUUGCGACUGAUAAAUGUUUGAAAUUGAU